GAAGAAGAAGGCGAAGAAGAACGCUCAGCUCCGUGAACGAUCAUCCUCAUCAUUAUCAUUAUAUAUGUUAGAUCUUCUAGAACCUUCUCGGGGUUUUUUUUUUUUGUUUAGUCUGAUUUUUAUUUAGAUUUUUAUUUCAUUUCCGCGAGGUUAAGAGGAUAAAAUCAAGGAUGUCUGAGGUGGAGCUGUCGUGCAUGGCGUGUGUGAAGAUGUUCCUGCACGCAAGUGUGUAUCCUCGCUGCAGUGUGAACGGCCUGCUGUUAGCCCCUGCAGGAGGAGGAAGAGGAGGAGGAGUGUGUGAGGAAGGAGUGUGUGUGACGGACUGUGUCCCUCUACUGCACUCGCAUCUUCCGCUGGCCAUGAUCGCUCAGCUCGCUCUCACUCAGGUGGACGUGUGGUGUUCUCAGACGCAGCAGAGGAUUGUGGGAUAUUAUCAGGCAAACGCUACUCUGUCUGACAGCAGUCCAACCGCGUGUGCUUUCAAAAUGGCUGACAAAAUCCUGGAGCAGAGCAGCAAUGCCGUGUUACUGAUGAUUGAUGGGAAAAAAAUGUCACCUGGAUACCGUGUUCCUCCGAUAGUGAUGUACGAACAUAAAGACUCGCGAUGGACCUUAAAAGACAAACGCACAAUAAUGCUCCGUCAGUGGGAAGAAACCCGAGCGAUCACCGCUCAGAUACUAAACUCCAGAGAUCACAUGCUGUUGGUUGAUUUCGACAGCCAUUUGGACGACAUCACGAAGGACUGGACCAAUCAGAAACUCAACGCUAAAAUCACGGAGCUCAUCUGUCCGGCUAACGGCAACAUGUGACGUAGUUACGUUUCAGGGAGUAGACUUACCAUCCCGCCGCCAACAUCCCGUAAACGUCUUCCUGCUGUUCCAUUUAUUUAUUUAUUGUUAAAUAAUUAACACUUAUUCGUUCUUGUCCUGUUUUUAUAUAAAUCGGUGUACAAUAAUGACUAAUUAUCGUUUUUUAAUAUUAUAAAACUGUUAUAUAUUUGAAUUCGUUUAAAUUUUAGGUACGUUUUAUCGUUCGCGUGACCUUUUGAACAAUCUACACCACAAUAAAGCUAGAUUUAUAUUUA